GAAUUUCUACUUCCUACAAAAUUGAAGAGCUUAAUUAUCUAGAAAGGCCUAGAUAAAUGGAAGUUUUUAUGGGAAUUUCCACUUGAUUAACCAAAUAUUAUUUAGAAUUUCCUAAGAAAUCUAAUGACAUGAAAAAAAAAAAAAACCAAAGAGUCGAAUGUCUACACAAAGUGACACCCUUUCUCUGAGAUAAGGACUCGUAAAGAAGCAAGAGAAUCAAAAGCAAGUGUAAGUUGUAGUACCAAAAAAAUAAAAAAGUACCAAAAAAAUAAAACCUUAUACAAGUACUAAAAUUACGAAUAUAGCCCCUUUAAUAUUCGAUGAAGCACAAAAUUGGGCCUACCUCCACCUUUUUCAUUGGCUAUCACCAUUAACCUUCCUUUUUGGAACAUCCCACAAAACCUCUUCACUUCUUUCUCUCUUUCUCCUCUAACAGAAGUAAGUUGAACUUUUGAUUUUCCCCCAACUUUUUCUUCCCACUACUAAACCAAAAAAAAAAAAAAAAAAAACACCCAUAAAAACGAAAGAAAGAAAGAAUCUUGGAAUUUCUAGGGUUUUCUUUCUCAAAUUCAUUUGAAGCCUCAUUCAACACCAACAAAUUCAAGAUUUUGUUCAACUUCACUUGCAAAAAUUUAAACAGGUUAGGUUUUUACCCUUUUACUCUGAAAAAUUACCCCAAAAUUUGAACUGGGUACUAUUUUUUCUGUUAAAGAAGUGGUUUUUUACUGUCAUUUGAAGUAAAGAUUGUAUCUUUCUCCUCAUUCUAGCCGUUAAUCUCACCUGAAUUGCUUCCAAUUUCUUAGUAAAUAAGAAAAAUUAUGAUUUGGGUUUUGUCAGAAAUCAAGAAUUUGAAAAUGGGUUCUUGAGAAAAAUUAAAAAAACCCCAAAUCUAAUGUAAUUAAGGGGUAUAAACUUGGUUUUGGGUAAUGCCCAAAUUUUCAAAAUGUCAUCUUUUUCAAGUAAUCUUGACACACCACCGCAAACACCGCCGUCUCUACCACCGCCACCACCAUCCUCCUCCGGUGGCGGCAAAAUUAGCCCUGCAAUAUUGUUCAUUAUAAUAAUAUUAGCAGUAAUUUUCUUCAUUUCUGGGUUACUUCAUUUAUUAGUUAGAUUUUUUGUAAGACAAAGAUCUUCAUCAUCUUCAUCAUAUUCUCAAUCAAAUAGAUACCCGGAAAAUUUUUCGAGUUCUGAUGCAGUUCAAAGGCAAUUACAGCAGCUUUUCCAGCUUCAUGAUUCAGGGUUAGACCAAGCAUUUAUAGAUGCACUGCCUGUUUUUCAGUACAAAGAAAUUGUGGGUUUAAAAGAGCCAUUUGAUUGUGCAGUGUGUUUGUGUGAGUUUACUGAACAGGACAAGUUAAGGUUGUUACCAUUGUGUAGUCAUGCCUUUCAUAUUGAUUGUAUAGAUACAUGGUUGUUGUCGAAUUCGACUUGUCCACUUUGUAGGGGUGCUCUGUACACUCCCGGGGUUGUUAUUGAAAACCCGGUGUUCGAUUUCGAUGAUUCCAGGGAUGAGGAGAAGGGGUUUGAAAUUGAGGUUUCUAGUGAUAAGAGGAGGGUUUUUCCUGUUAGACUUGGCAAGUUUAAGAGUACAAGUAAUAACAACCAUCAUAGUAUCAACAAUGAAGAGGUUGUAGAAGUGCAAGAUCAACUAAAUGUCUUUGAAAGAGGGAAAAUUAAUGAUAGAAAUCCGAAUGUGGGCGAAACGAGCAGUAGUAAUUUGGAUGCAAGGAGGUGUUUUUCAAUGGGUUCAUAUCAAUAUGUUGUUGCUGAUUCAGUUUUUCAAGUUGCAUUAUGUCCAAAAAAAUCAUCAAAUGAAGGCGCUGAAAUGAAGAUGAUCAAGGGUAAAAAUGGUAAUUUUACUGCUGAUCAUAACAUUGGAGAUGCUGAAGCUAGAAAGAUAAAUAUUGGCAGUAAAACUGAGAGUCUUUCAGUUUCAAAGAUAUGGUUAUGGUCUAAAAAGGGUAAAUUUACCAAUUCUUCAAACACAGAAUUUAGUGGUUUUUCUGUUGAUAACAUGAAUUUGCCUUGGACUCAUAAAGGUCAAGCUACAUGAUAAUUAUGGAGAUUAAUGGCAGAGUUAUCUUUUGAUGAAGCUGAAUACAGAAGCUUUUUGGGGAAGAAAUUGUCAUGUUGUCGCAACCCCUUCAUAAUCGUAUGAUAAUGUAAUUCUCUCUGUCUUGGAAUUA